CACAAUUUGCAUCGUUUGGAACGGUUGAGUACUGUAAAAUACCAUAGACUGUUGCUUUUCAGGUAGUUCUACGGUUGGAGGUUCUUUCCAUCCCGUCGGUCAGCUGUGACCUAAACUAAAGAUACCGUGGUAAAAUACUCGGCUCUAAGUGGAAAGGAUGGCGAAUUACCGGGCUUUUCACACCCAGCUCGCCACUAUCAUGGAGACCCUGACUCGGGCGGCAGUGACCGAAAUCUGCGAGCUCGUGGAUGAUGGUUACGCAAUUUUACACAUUGAGAUUUCACGGCAUCAGAAAGAAAAUGAAGAACUCAGACGGAAACUUCAGCUCAUCGAGUCUAUUGUGGCAGCGCGAGGAUACAGUGAUGAGACGUCGUCCCGUGAUAGCCGAUGUGACAGAGCGCUAUGUGAGGCAACAGUGAGCAGAAAACCCUGUGGGAACCGAGAGUCAUCGAGCCGUCGCACCCUGGUUGAGUCAUGUGAUUCAGAGGAGCGGGGACCCAUCACAGUGCAGGUCAAAGAAGAAGGUCAGGAGCCACAAGAUGACAUCAGUGAGGCAGUUGCUGUGGUUACACACAAUUCUCCCGAUGAGGAGGUGAUUGAGCUCUCAACAGAGGAUGGCCCAUCAGACACACACUCUGCAAAUGAUGACACAAACAUGCACACACUAGCAGACCCACAUUCCCCAGCCCCUCAUACACACCCAUUCACAGAAACACACUCAAAUACUGAAGAGUCCCAACAUUCCAGUGUAGAUCUCACAGCCUCGGAUGAACCCCUGUGUUCGUUCACCACACACACUGAUGCACACACACUAUCUGAUAUUCACACAGACAGAACGUGUCAUGGUCAUGCAUUUCCAGAUAAAGUGAGUGUGAAGAGGGAGUCUGCAGUGUGUGAUGAUGACUUGGACCUUGCUUUGGACUGGAGCACACGUUCCAUGUGUAACACACUCUCUCACUCCCAUGUCCCCUCCACUGGAAUCAGUACAGACCCACUCACAACCCACAGUUCCCCUCUCUAUGCUGCUCAGCAUUUGGUCGCCAUGGGUAAUGUGGGAGGGCUAAGUCUGUUUGGGGGGCGGGGCUCUGUGCGAGGGAGUGGAGUGGGCAAGAGGCAUUUUAUCUGUUCAAUUUGCGGGAAGAGCUUCACCACAGCACAGAGCUUAGACACACACACACGCAUACACACUGGUGAGCGUCCGUAUCGCUGUGAGCAAUGUGGCAAACGCUUCACGCAGUCUGGUCACUUGACGGCCCACCAGACAGUUCACACCGGGGAGAGACCUUAUGAGUGCACACACUGUGGCAAACGAUUUGCUGGGAAACAGUAUUUGCGCAUACACACCAAGAAACACCACCCUGAGUAACGCACACACAAACAGAGGACUAAGACAGACACCACACACACACACAUAAAUACACAUAUAUUAUCACACAAAUAAAUGGGCAUAUCUUCACACUGCAAACAAUGUUCAUGCAGGCAGUUUUCUACACUAAAUUCAUUACACUAAUUCUAACAUUCUAAAAAAUAUAUGGAAAACUAUAAAAGGAUUGAAAGCAAAAAUAAAUUAAGGGAGUAUUUUGCCCAAACCUUUUAAGCAAUUCUUGAUGGUGAAAACCUUUUGAAGUAGUGCUCAAAAAAUGAUAUACAGAUGGACCUAGACCUUUACUGUCUGUACUCUGCAUUUUCACAGUAGAUCUGAGCAGAAUAAGCUGGAUUUGUUGUGUGCACUACACAGGAAGGAAGAGGACAAGAAAUCCUGCUUCAGUUGUGACUUGCUAGAGGAUGUAUUUGAACAUGUAUCUGAAAUCAUUUUCCAUUACCAUUGCAGUGCUAUCCAGGCAACAGAAUUUUAAAUCGAGGCUACUGGUAUGUGGGGUUUCCUUUGUGAAAAGGUGAUAUUGUUUGACCACAAAUUGGACAAGCAAAACUAUGAAAUUAUAAUAUAUAUUUCAAUAAAACCCUUAUUUAUUUUACUCAUAAGAUGGGUGGAAAAGGAGUCAUUGACUAGUGUCACGUUUUUCAAGUAUUUGCAUGUUCUUGCAUUACCACUAUAUGUGGUUUUAACUAUGAACUGGACCAUGUUGGGCUGUGAGGGUUGGUUGACACAUUGCUGAAGCUGUUAAAGCUCAGGGAGGUUUAUGUAGCUUACUACAGUAACGUAUUGUCACUAAUUAAUUCAGCUUACCAUCAUCACAAAGGCCUUUCUUUUAAUACGACACAAAACACUCUUCAGCUCCAUUUUUGCUAGUUACUGUAGUAGUGUCUUUAGUUGAUAAGAAUUUCAGUUCAGUGAAGCAGAUACACACCCUUACUUAUAAAAUUCCAAAAUACGCUUUCAGUAAAUUAGUUUGUCCUUGCCCUGAUUUAAGACCUAAUGUAUCUCGUAUUGUAACUAAAUGUUACCCUCACCCUGGAGAAACAGCAGUUGUUUUAGUUACUUAUUGUUAGAACAUUUUAUAAUAAAACUGCUUUAUUUGUAAGAGAUAUUUGUGUUUGGGUAUGUUCCUCAAAGAACAGCAUUAACGAUCAUAUUUUGAAAAAAUUUAGCUUGCCCGUUGUAUCCUCGACUGGAGUAGUAAUUGAGGACCCUUAUAAAAACAGACUGCAAAACCUUUUUGUAUUUUUAGCUGUGGGGCUGUUUCCAUGACCAAAAAAUCUAAAAGAAACACACCAAGAGUGUGUGU